AUGGUGACUGCUUUAAAGGCCCCGCAUAAUUGCCAAUUGUGCCGGAUCAUGGAACAGGAGCAGGAUAAUGAGCAGGAGCAGCUGAUGGAGAUGGAGCCGAAGCAAGAGAUGGACGUGGCGCAGGCUUAUAUAACGCGGGCCAAGAUGAAUCCAGCCAAGAAGGACAAUGAGAAGCGGCGACGCAAGGAUGCCAUGCGAAGGGUAUCGAUGAUAUUGCGGAAAUGCGACUCGCUGCGCUCACCGAGCGACAGUCAGUUCCUGGAGAAGCACCCGGAUAUAGUGAAGGCGACCAAGAAGCGCAAGGAGCGAGUUGAGAUCUACAAAGAGCGAGUGGUGGAGCGCGAGGAUGCGCCGCAGGUGAUCGAGGCAAAGGUAGAGCAGCUGGCCAACAUUAUUUCACAGGCCAAGCACCUAGUUUGCUAUACUGGAGCCGGAAUAAGCACGGCUGCUCUGAUUCCGGACUAUCGCGGCAGCCAAGGCAUCUGGACGCUACUGCAGAAGGGCCAGGAUAUCGGGGAGCAUGAUCUGUCCAGCGCCAAUCCCACCUAUACACACAUGGCACUCUACGAGCUGCACCGCCGGAGACUUCUGCAUCAUGUGGUGUCCCAGAACUGCGAUGGCCUGCACUUGCGAUCCGGCUUACCGAGGCAUUCGCUUUCCGAAAUCCAUGGGAACAUGUAUGUGGAGGUGUGCAAAAACUGCCGGCCGAAUAGCGUUUACUGGCGCCAAUUUGACACCACGGAGAUGACCGCCCGCUACUGCCACAAAACCCACCGCCUUUGCCAUCGCUGCUCGGAGCCUCUGUAUGACACCAUUGUGCACUUCGGAGAGCGAGGGAACGUCAAGUGGCCGCUAAACUGGGCGGGAGCCACUGCGCAUUCGGAGCGGGCGGAUGUGAUCCUCUGCCUGGGCUCCAGUCUCAAGGUGCUCAAGAAAUACACCUGGUUGUGGCAGAUGGAUCGGCCUGCGCGCCAGCGAGCCAAAAUCUGUGUGGUUAACCUGCAGUGGACGCCCAAGGACGGGAUUGCCAGUAUCAAGAUCAAUGGGAAAUGCGAUCGGGUGAUGGCGCAAUUGAUGCAUCUACUUCACAUUCCAGUACCCGUUUACACCAAGGAAAAGGAUCCCAUUUUCGCACAUGCAACGCUUUUGAUGCCCGAGGAGCUGCACACGCUGACGCAACCACUGCUUAAAAACGCUGACGAGGAGGAAGCCUUCACUACCACCACUGAAGAAACGCAAGACUCGACCAUCUCCAGCGAGAGCUGCAGCUACAACUACUGCGACCUGCCCAUUGGCAAGGGUCCCCGCAUACGCACGCCCAUCAAGAAUGGGCGAAGGGUCAAGACCAACCUGGAGCUACGUCAGAAAUUCAAGGUGAUCAAUGGCCAGGACGAGGAGAUUAAGGUGGAGCAGGUGGAAACAAAUGGGGAGAUAAAAACGGAGAUUGACACCACCCCACAGCUAAAGGAUACACCCAUUAAAAUAGAGACUGAAGUGAAACUGGAAGAAAUAGAGAGCCCGAACACCAUUUUUAAGCAAGAUCUGAAUCUUCUGGAACUGCUGCCCAAGCUCGAACCUCUUUCCCUUAAAGAAGAAAAAGAAGAAUCGGUGAACAAUGGUUUCCUGGAACUGCCCAAGCUAGUCGCCAUACAAAAAACUCAUGUAGAAAGCGUUACCGCUCUCCCUGUUGAGCUGAGAUUAGAGCCACUUCAGCUGCCUCCGCUGGUACCCAUUGGAGCGCCACUGUCGACGCCCUUUGUCGAACCCAAGAUGGUCCUGCCGCCUGCCUUUCAGUCGCUCAAUAUCCAGGUCCAGAGCGAUGGCGAUGGAGGCUCCACUACAGAAAAUGAUAACGAAGAGGAGGAAGAGGAAAGCGAACUGGCCCAGGUCGAUUUGUUAAGGCAAAACAGCGAUGAAGAGUUGCUCCGCCAGCUGCCGACUUGGUACGAUGCCAAGUACGCGUACUCCGGCCUGCACAGCAUCCUCAUACCGCCACCAGCAGACCUGAACAUCUGGAACUCGCAGGUGGUGCCAAACUUUGCGAUGAAUCGAUCCGCAGCCAGCUGUGACUUCUGCUUCGAUCGGUAUGCGGAGCUAGAGUGCCAGUUCUAUCGACGUUGGAACCUCAGCCAGCGCAAGCACAAGAAACGGGCCAGGAGCGGUCGGUUCGUGGUCUGCGAUUGUUGUCCGACAUCCGACGAUGACGAUGACUACGAUGAGAAUAUAUCCUUGGCACACAUCGCAGCGGCGGAGACGGCCAAGCGAAAACAGCAGCUAAGCACGAGUUUCCCCAGGAAACUGGCUCGUACCCAAGCGGGAUGGUACGGCAAGGGCUAUAAGAAGGGACGGAAGCGAAGGUAGAUGACCAGAUGAUAAAUCCUUCACGGCAGUGAUGGUCGCCCCUUAAACUAGGGUGGGUCUUUUUUUUUAAAGCUAAGCUAGCAAGACAAGUUUAAGUCAUUGUUCUUUAAAAACUUCUGAUCUUAAAUUUGUUCUAAGAAUACUUAAAGUGUAGGAGACCUGCCCUAACCGAGACAUAUGCUCGCUUCAAUAGUAUUUUAGCUUUAGGAUAAUAAGUCAUAGCAUAGAUGGUAGUGCCAGCUAGCAUAGGUUGAGGUUCCGUUUUCAUAAUUUGUACAAGUUUUUUAAUAUGUACCAUCCGGGUGUCCUUGUCAUUAUGGAUGAUAUUUUUACCUAAGGGAAUGUCGCUAAGUUUUUGUCUAUUUAAGUUAUUUAUUAAGUCAGUUAUUAACUGUAUUUUAAUUGUGAAACUUAUUUGUCUCAAUUGUGAAACUCUUGUCUUGGUAUUUCAGUAUAUACUUGCACUUGUUUAAGUACUUUUAAUCAGUUUAAAUUUUUCCUACAAUUGCUUUUAAUUUAAGCCAAAUUAUUUAGCGUUUUACUUAACCACGCUUAAAACCUAUCUUCCGCCCUUAAAAAUUUAAGUUAAAUAAACAAAAUGGCAUUAUGGUAUAAUGAAA